ACGUUACAGAUCAUAUUUUAACAUAAACGUAUUGCUUGUCUAAUGGUAUUUGACUGGAAUAUGAGAACUGGAGGAGUAGGCCAUUCAGCCAUUGCAGUCUAAUUUGUUCUUGUAUCAUGAUUAACUUUAAAUGGGUCGAUGAAUUUUCACCAACGCUCCAGCCAUUAGUGCCGAGCCAUUGCCCUGCAGUCCAGUCCAGUCCUGUAUUGGCCAAAAUAAAGGAGGCACCUUCCGAGCCUGAUCCCGGUGCUGCUGCAGUGGGUUGGCUGACGUCACGGCGAUUUCCCGGCAGCCCCAGUACCUAGUGGACUGGACAAUGUCACUGCAGCGCUUCCAUGCUGAAUGGCAGGAGUUGGACAAAGAAUUCAAACAACUGCAGGAAACUCACAAAGUGUAUAGACACAAACUUGAUGAACUUACUAAUCUUCAGACUCUAUGUACCAACUCUGUAAGUAAACAAAAACGAAGACUAAAAGACCUUGCCUGCAGUCUCCGAAGGUGUAAACUUUCAGCUAAUGCAGAAGAAAUUGAAGUAAUUCAGAGAAUUAAUAAUGAUAUCAAAGAGCGACGCAAUGUUUUCUUUGAUAUGGAAGCAUUUUUACCUAAGAAAAAUGGGCUGUACUUAAACCUGGUGCUUGGAAAUGUGAAUGUAACUCUUUUCAGCAAGCAGGCUAAAUUUGCUUACAAAGAUGAAUAUGAAAAGUUCAAACUUUAUCUGACGAUCAUCUUAUUGCUUGGUGCAAUAUCUUGCAUGUUUCUGCUGAAUAGGGUAAUUGAUGAAAUAUUUAACUUCCUGUUAGUCUGGUAUUACUGCACCUUAACAAUAAGGGAGAGUGUUCUUAUCAGCAAUGGAUCAAGGAUCAAGGGAUGGUGGGUGUCUCAUCAUUAUGUUUCUACGUUUCUCUCUGGGGUAAUGUUAACAUGGCCUAAUGGGUUAAUGUAUCAAAUGUUUCGCAGUCAAUUUCUAGCAUUUUCCAUUUAUCAGAGUUGUGUGCAGUUCUUGCAGUAUUAUUACCAAAGUGGCUGUCUUUAUAGAUUGCGGGCAUUGGGAGAAAGGGAUCACAUGGAUCUUACAGUAGAAGGAUUUCAGUCAUGGAUGUGGAGAGGUUUGACUUUUCUCCUUCCAUUUCUUUUCUUUGGCCAUUUUUGGCAAUUAUACAAUUCACUCACACUUUUUGGGCUUUCACAACACGAGCGAUGCAAAGAAUGGCAAGUUUUUGUCUUGGCUCUCACAUUCCUGGUGCUAUUUCUUGGGAACUUCCUUACCACUCUUAAAGUUGUUCAUCAAAAAUUUCAGAAGAACAAAGAUAAAUUGAAAAAGCUGUGAAUGUCUGAAUCCUGCUGAUUAAACAACAUUGCUGGGGAAGGUGGCAAUAUAUUCCAAUUCCCUUGCGUUUGCUGCUGGAUUUGAGUCUGAACACUUGCACAUCAGUGAGGCAGGAUUUAUAACUGUCACACAACUAUUUACAAGAAUCCUGAUGGUAGCUGUAUUCUCUAUUCAUUAUGAGGGAAAUUGACUAAGUGAAGUUAUUAUACUUUUAAGAUCCAUACAUUAGUCUGGAUCAUUAUCCUUUAGCUUGUUGUAUUUCAUUUCAGUGUUAUAUUUUUUCACUACCAUGAGAUGUUACUGUCUAAAUGUGAUUUAUACUGUCAUGGAGCACUUGGGGGCAAAAUGGGGUAUUGGUGUGAAAUGAAUGUCAUCUCUGAGAUAUUUGGCUAAACCUUUAUCAUGAUUUGACUUGUUAGGAAGUUUAUUGACUGUCAGGAGAUAUUACAAUUUUGAUUGGAGAAUAACAUUAGUCUUAAUUGGCCAAUACAAAGGGUUAUUACCCACGUGAAAUUUUGAUACUUCAUUGUUUAAAUUACUAAGUAUAAAAUUCACAUUAUGCAUGCAUGUUCUGUGUUCAGCCCUUGUGGAUGUAAUGUUAAUAUUAAGUAAAUGUAUAUUGCAAUUUGGAUCAUAUAUCAAAUUACUUAAUUGUCUUGCUGUGUGGAUAAUAUUACUUUUUAAAAACCAUUCCUUCAUUUGUCCCUUUUUAGUUUGUCUUUCCCUUGGAUUCUGCUUUAAGGCUGUUAAUUUCUAAACAAGCAGUCCUACUUUCAAACAAACUACCUCCUUUUUCAGAUGUCUAUUAGUGCCACACUUAAUAUAGUUGGAGGUAUUUAGAGUGACUCAGGGUAACUGAUUGUUUUUUUUAAAGAAGAUUGUCUCUCUACAAUUGGCAAAGUGCCUGGAAUUGAUGUAAUGCCAACUGUUGACGAAGGAACUCUGAAGGAAUUAACAUUUGGAAUUGUGAAUGUUAGUUUUUCUUUUGCACACAGUCCAAGGGAAUUUUUUCUUCCUUAUAGAAUAAACCAUCUAAAAUAGU